GGGUGAGAAGGUUGGUUAUUUGGAGAGCCUGGUACCAACCAGAGAGGGUCAGCUGAGCAAAAACCACCACACAAGCAUCAUGGCCAGGAAAAGGCAAAGGCGAAGAAGACGGAAAAUAACCCGCUCCCAGAGAGCUGAGCUUCAAUUUCCUGUUAGCCGUGUAGAUCGUUUCCUUCGAGAGGGAAACUAUUCUAGACGCCUGAGCUCUUCUGCUCCUGUAUUCCUCGCAGGUGUGCUCGAGUACUUAACAUCUAACAUCCUUGAACUGGCUGGUGAGGUGGCCCACACCACUGGCAGGAAGCGCAUAGCUCCAGAGCAUGUGUGUCGUGUGGUACAGAACAACGAACAACUCCACCAACUCUUCAAACAAGGAGGCACAUCAGUGUUUGAGCCACCAGAACCUGAUGACAACUGAUGAUGCCUGGGUCUCAAGAGUCUGGAGGUUCACCGCACCUUCAGCCUCACCCAGCCCCAAUGUCCUUCUGGCUGGGGGAGCUAAUCAAACAUGCUAUUAAAUAGCAUCUAAAUCGAACCCGUUGA